AUGGCGACGUCUUUUGCGACCGAGGAGCACCAUAUCACGCUGUGUUUGAGGGAUCAAGAGGAUCAUUUGGUCACGCAGAACAACCUCCCGAGUAAAGUCUAUCAGCACGACGUCCUCAAGCUAUGUGCAGCGCCUACGACAGAAGCUCUGAUCGUAGUAUCCUCCCUCAAAUCAGCAAUCCGCCGCGACAGCGUCCCCGAAUCCACCUCCAGCCACACCCCCUCCCCCUCCCUCUCCAACUUGGACACAAUCCCCCUCAAACUCGCGCUCUUCAACCUCCAAAAGUUUGUCAGAGAAGAAGACUUUUCCUUCGAAUUCCUCCUCAAAGGCGGUAUGAAGAUCCUCAUCCGUCUCCUCGAACAGGAAGAGACUGGGCUUGUUACGGGGAAUAGCUUGGCUUAUGCGCUGCAGGGGAUACGCGGGAUACUGGAGUUUGAGUCGGGCUGGUCUGAAUUGUCGGAUACGUUCAUUCGCAGGUUGUUGUCUAUCCUGUUGUCUGCGACACAGCCGAAUAUACUCAGGCCUGCUACUGCCAUCCUCCGUAAACUCGUCAUCUCCUCCCCUUCCCCCGCCUCUGCUUCUGCUUCUGCUGCAGAUCUCCAAAGCUCGCUCAAACCGUCCCCAGGCUAUUUCCUCUCUGGCGGCAGCGCCAAAGACCGUUCCAAAACGAAUCGGAACAGCAAGGAUAACAGGCAGAGUCAUGGGGCUGCGCUGGACAGCAAGUUUUAUGGCUUUGACAGGGUUUAUAGCCUUGUCAAGUCUCUGCCCCUCACCACCACCCACCCUGGGUCGGGCUCGGGAUCGGGCUCGGGCUCGCGGGAAGAGGGGGAGUCGAUCAAGAAUGCCGAGUAUUUUUACAAAAGCCUCAUCAAGAGACUCGAAAGUACCGGUGAUCUGGAGCUCGUCGCUCAGAGUUUGGGACUCAUCAAUGCGUCGCUGAGAUCUGGGCAUCAAGAAGGCAGUCUGCAGUAUUACGAGCUUGUUUGGAUAUUGGAGAAUUUGGGGAUUAAGAAAUACGUCGCUCGCCUGAUCCCCUCCUCCCAAAACCCAAUCCUGGCCCCGCACCUACUCAACUUUCAAUCCCGCCUCGCCGUCAUACUCCAACACAAACGGCUCCGGUCUGUACGGCCGGGGGAGAGGGGGCAUCAGGAAAAGAUGUUGGGGGAGAUUUGGGAGGCGGGGAGACUUGGGGAGCUUGUCGGAGCAGGGGGAGGAGGGGGAGGUGAGGAGGUGGAGGAGGUGGAGGAGUUGAAAGAGGGCGGAGUGGGUGGAGUGGGUUUGGGGAUGGGUAUCCAGGGAGAGAAGGUGGGGAAGGGAGGGAGGAGGAUGGAAGGGUGGGCUGCUAUGGGUGGGGAGGUGUUUGGCGAGCUUGGGGAAGGAGGUAUGUUUAGGGAUGUCGGAGAACUUGGCCUCGAAUGCUUGCAUUACUUUGCAACGCACGAAGAACGUUUCUACAAUUUGGUGCUGGAAGAAAACGCCAAACCACCCUCCCGCCGCUGUCCCCUCAUAGAAGCCUCCGCCUCCUGCGUCAAACUCCUCGCCGAGCACUACAAACUCGCUUCCGCCCCGCACUACCCCCACCCCCCCAAAACAUUCCGGCCCUUCCUCCUCGGCUUUCCCAAACUCCACUCGCUCGUCCUCAAAUUCUUUAUCCGCAUGUUUCAUCAAUCCUCCUCUUCAUCUUUUGAUCUGGCGCGGCUGGUGCCGUUGGUGGGGUCGCAUUUGGCGUUGACGCUGAAUCCGGGGGAGGAGAGGGAGAAGACGUGGUUGGAUUUGGAGAAUGCGUUUUUACAUGCGGAAUAUGGGAAGGUGAGGAAGAGGCAGAUGGAGAUGAUGGAGAGGGAGGGGGGGAUGUGGAGGAGCGGGGCGGUGAGGGGGUUGAAGGAGGUGGUGGGGAGGGAGGUUUGGGGCGUCGUCUGUGAGCAGAGGGUGGGAUGUAUGUUGCAGGGAAGUUGGUUCAACUCUGCGACCUUGCUCGUCCCUGGUAUCACCACCAUAGCAAGGCCUAUCGCCAACAAACCGCAUCGCUUCCUCCGUCUCUCAGAAGACAGAAGGACAAUAGCAUGGGACGACUUUCACGAGCGCAUAGGUACACCCUCCUUCAACGCCCUCACUCGCCGGGUCAACGUGGCCGACAUAUCUACCAUCCGGCCCCAAACGUCCGCGCCCAUCAACUCGCGUUCACCCAAUCUAGUGUCCAAGCUGUCAUUCUCCAUCAUCGCUGUGCCUUCGUCGUCUUCACCUUCUGCGGCUGCUGCUGCUGCUGCUGCUGCUUCGUCUGCUAUGAGGAAUGGCCAGGGGAAUGCAGGGAUGGAAGGAGGGAAUGGGGGGCAAGGAGCAGGAGAGGUGAGUUUGUUGGACGUCGACGCGAUCCAUGCGGCGCAGAUGGCAGAAUGGACGGACGGGAUCAGGGUGGUGAAAGAUGGGGGGAUGGUUGAUCAAGAUUCGGCCAACUAUGUGCAGGUGCGUUCUCCCUUUCCUUCCUUGUCUAUAUCAAAGAUUCAACGAGUCAAGAGAGGAAGGGGCUGA